GAGAUGAUUUUCAUUGAAAAAGACCAUUUAAGCUUUUAAUUUGAAGUUUUGUAUCCAUUCGACACAACCUUUAAGCCUUAAAUAGGCAAAGAAAUAACAGAAUUUUAUUUUUAAAUUACAUUCAACCAAAUAAUAUUUUAAAUUCUUACAGUCAAUGUAUUAUUAAUGAGUAAAAUUGUAAACAUCUACUCUUUACUGUUCUUUUUCAUCUGUGUUGCACUUUAAGGUAACUUUUUUGAGUGAUAGACAAACAAAGCUGUCUAUCUCUAUCCUGAGCAUAUUUUUAGUAAUUUUCCACAAGUUUUUCUUACUUUUAAACUAGUCCCAUUUACCUUUUUUUUUAAUUGACCUUAAAGCUCAAAACAGGUUGCCAGUUUGGGGGUAAUGAAGCCUAAAGGACGUUCUUUACUGGGUUUACCCUCUAAUUUGGCUCAAGGACAGAGAGGAGCCCCAACUUGUCAAGUAAUUAGAAAUAACUCCAGAUGGUGUGAGGUGUUGUAAGGAUGGAGAAGUGAUUUGUGGUGAGGAGAUGGAAGGAGGGGGGGUGAGAAGGGAGGUGCUGGGAGAAGGUGGUGACCGAGCGGAGAUGGUGUGCUUUAGUUUCAUCAGCUUUCCGCUGUUACAAGGUUAUGUUCUGCAUUGUUUCCUCCCUGAAAAGGGAUUUCCUCUGAGUUGAGCAUCAGCUGGGAGAUCACUGGAGUUCAACUCAGCCCUGACACAGUUGCCCCUGGAGUUUUUAUGUGGAGAUGCUAUAAAUAUGUUGCCAGAAGAUUUCAUUAAAGAGGAGAAAAGCAACUCUUUUUUUUACUUUUGCUAAGAAGAACGUCAUCAUAGAUGUGUUUGAACGUUUUCUACAAGAGCUAGUUAUACUCUUCAGGUGUACAAAGGCCCCUUCGAAGACAGUUCGUCAUGUUCCGACGCUGGCUCCUGGCACUGAUAGCUCGCUUUGGCCUCAUUGGUGUGGGCUUCUGCUGCUGCCUGCUGCUCUUGUAUCUACUGGCCUGUAAACCUGCUUCUAACAGUAAGAAGCCGAGUCUGCCUUGGCCUGAAGGGACCACCAGUAAGGAGGGAUACAUGGCUCUUCUGCAGGAAAGGGAGGAUUCUCAUAGGCAUUACAUCAACAGUUUGACGAAGCAGAUCGCCGAGCUGAAGGAAGCUCUUCAGGAGAGGACGCAGCAGCUCCAGGAGUCCCUGGAUAAAGCUAAAGCCAAGGGAAUUCUGCCUCAGGGUCUGGAGAGUCUGCACAAAGCAACCAUGCAGUCCGAUUUGAAGGAGUUCUUCCGCUUACAGUUGAACCAGGCGGAGGUUACUGUAGGUGUGAGUCUGCCCAGUGAAUACGCAGUGAUACCCUUUGACAUGUUCACCCUGCAGACGGUUUACCAGCUGGAAACAGGCCUGUCGAAGCACCCGGCCGAGAGGCCGGUGAGGAAAGACCGCAAGGAUGAGCUGAUCAGCACUGUGGAAACAGCUCUGCACAUCCUGAAUGGACCCCAGCAACAUCAGGAAGACACCAGGAGAAAGCACACAUACUCCCCGUCAGAUUUCAUACAAGGGCUGACCCGCACAGAGCGAACCCGGGGCAGCACCUAUGAGCUGGUGUUCAAAGGCGACAGCCCACAGGACUUCACGCAGCUCUUUCUCUUCCGGCCGUUCGGCCCACCCAUGAAGGUGAAGAGUGAGAGUGUGAACACGCGUAGCACCGUCAUCAACAUCAUCAUCCCGCUCUCGAAAAGGAUGGAGGCGUUCAGUCGGUUCAUGAGCAACUUCCGACAAGUGUGCAUCCAGCAGAACAGCAAAGUUCAUCUCACCGUCGUCUAUUUUGGUAAAGAUGAGGUGGACCAGGUGAAAACUGUGCUGGAUCAGACCACCAGAGAAACCCAGUUCAGGAGCUUCACUCUGAUUCAGCUGAAUGAGGUCUUUUCUCGUGGCCGAGGCCUUGAGGUCGGAGUCAGGGCUUGGAGGCGGCGGCAGAACGUUCUCCUCUUCUUCUGUGAUGUGGACAUCGUCUUCACUGCUGAUUUUUUAACAUCCUGUCGGAUAAACGCCGAGCCUGGGAAAAAAGUCUUCUACCCAGUGCUUUUCAGUCAGUACAACCCGGCAGUCAUCUACAGGAACAGCACACACUCACCUCCCCUUCAACAACAACUGGUGAUCAGUCAGGAAACUGGAUUCUGGCGAGACUUUGGGUUUGGCAUGACAUGCCAAUACAGGUCGGACUUCAUCAACAUAGGGGGGUUUGAUCGCAGCAUCAAAGGCUGGGGGCUGGAGGAUGUGCACCUCUACAGGAAAUACCUUCAUAGCAAGCUGAUGGUGAUCCGCUCGCCAAGCCGCAGCCUUUUCCACUUGUGGCAUGAGAAGAGCUGUGCGGACGAGCUUCCUCCAGACAAGUUCAAGAUGUGCAUGCAGACGAAAGCCAUGAAUGAAGCUUCGCACGGCCAGCUGGGAGAGCUCUACUUCAGACGGGAGAAAGGACCCCAUCGAAACAGAUGAUUUUGAGAUUAGAUUUAGGAAGAGAGUAGAGACAAUACAUGUAUUCUAUGCAAAAUAUCAUGACUGUUAUUAUUUGAUAUUUAAAAAAGGAGUAUUGAACUUAAAAACUCAUUUUUCUUAAAUUAAAAACAAUGCUGACGAGUCGUGAAUGCAGAAAGCUGUCACAACACAAAGAGUUACUAAAGAACUUCUGACCUAACUCAAUAUUUUUUCUGUUUCUCCAUAGGCCGAUUGCUUUUUGUCAUCAGAAAAAGAUUAAAGAAAUUAUUAGAAAAAUG